AUGCCGGUCCUUGACAACCUCGAAGCCUCGAUUUACACACUCCUCACCCGCGCCACCGCUGCCACGGACAACGGCCCUCCCCCCGUGCGCACAUUCGUAAUCGCCUUUGCCGUUACAAUACCUGUCCUCGCCCUCUUCAUGUUGAUCUUCCUGGGCUUUUACUAUUGGGAUCGCAUAAAGUAUGCAUAUAGGCGGAUCCGCGGACGACCCGGAUUGGACGUAGAGAAAAGGGAGGAUGAUUGGACCGGGCUCAUGAGUGGCGAUAGCUAUGCGCACGGGAGGAGUGCGAGCUAUGGAUGCGAUGGGGGCCAUGGGGCUAAUGGGACUAAUGGGGGGACUGGGAGUAGUAAUGGAGGUUUACUGGCUGACAACGCGAACGAGAGGCCAUAUGGCGAGAUUCCGAUGCCAGGGAAUGCAAGGAGUGGUUCGACAUUGGAACGAUAG